UGGGGCUGAUACUGAGGGAUAUUGGGCUAUAACUUGGCUUUAUAGUGUCAGUCAGGGAAUGGGGCUGAUACUGAGGGAUAUUGGGCUAUAACUUGGCUUUAUAGUGUCAGGGAAUGGGGCUGAUACUGAGGGAUAUUGGGCUAUAACUUGGCUUUAUAGUGUCAGUCAGGGAAUGGGGCUGAUACUGAGGGAUAUUGGGCUAUAACUUGGCUUUAUAGUGUCAGGGAAUGGGGCUGAUACUGAGUGAUAUUGGGCUAUAACUUGGCUUUAUAGUGUCAGUCAGGGAAUGGGGCUGAUACUGAGGGAUAUUGGGUUAUAACUUGGCUUUAUAGUGUCAGUCAGGGAAUGGGGCUGAUACUGAGGGAUAUUGGGCUAUAACUUGGCUUUAUAGUGUCAGGGAAUGGGGCUGAUACUGAGGGUAAGUGGGUAGAGGAAGGUAUUAGGUAACAGAAAGCUGUUGUUGUGGCACUAGUACACUGGUUUGGGAGCUGUAGUUCAGUAACAGGAGGGAGCGGAUUAGUGAAAAAUGAGAAUUAAACUGUCCCUUGAGAUUCCAGAAGCCAAAGCAGAUGACAGAGAUUCACUAUGAGCCUCUCUCCUGUCAGACACAGAAACUCCUCCUCCUCCUUCAUCGGCUCCUCCCUCUCCCCGGCUGGUGGGAAGGUUUUCCAGUGUCAGGUCAGGUCUCUGUGUUCUCUGCUGCUGGUGGAGUUGGACUCAGACCUCCCCUCCUCCUGCUGCCGACACCUCCUUCUCCCUCCCGGGCUCCAGCUGAUCCGGUGCCCCCGCAGCCUUUGCUUCUCCGUGUGAGGCUUCUGUACAAGAUGGCGGGAUCCCUGGUUGAAAGUGAAGCGCUGAUGGGCGUUAGACGUUUGAGCAGUCCCUUGACAUCACCUGUACAAGCGGAGGUUUAUUUCCCACGGCUGACUGUUCCAUUCUGUGGUCAUAUAAAAGGAGGCCUGAGACCAGGAAAGAAAAUCCUUAUUAUGGGAAUUGUUAACCUGGAGCCAAAGAGUUUUGACAUCAGGUUGACAUGCGGAGACUCGGAAGAUCCAGCAGCUGAUAUUGCCAUUGAGCUGAGAGCAGAGUUUGCUGACAAACAGUUCUUAAGGAAUGCGUGUGUAUCCGGAAAGUGGGGAGAAGAAGAGUCCGCAAUACCUUAUUUCCCGUUCAUAGCAGAUCAGCCUUUCAGAGUAGAGAUACACUGUGAGCACCCUCAAUUCAGGAUAAUUGUGGACGGACAUCAGCUCUUUGACUUUUAUCAUCGCGUCGAGAGCCUUUCAGCCAUUAAUACAAUUAAAAUCAAUGGUGACCUACAACUGACCAAACUUGGUUGACGAUUGACUAUGUUCCCACCCCAGCGGUGGACGAGUACAACCAACGCAAGGUCACAAGCAGCGCAGUUCAUUGUGUCCUCAACACCAAGACCUUGUAUUUACUCCUGCGAGUAACAGGCCGAGGGACAAUAGUUACAGAGAGACGUUUUAUUUGAUUAUUUUAAUGGACAGUGUGGUACAUUACAGGCGGCUGCCACGUAUAUUACCAACAAUUAGUCUUUAUUUUUUGACCUGGACUACAAUGAACUGGAAACUGCAAGUCACAUGACUUGUGCUUCUUCUUUUUUAGCCUUUUUUGUUUGUUCUGGAUUAAAUCUGCCACUGACACCAUGCAGCCAAUGAAUGAAAGGGAUUUUAAUUGUCUGCCUUUCAUUGAUUUUACUAUCAAAGGCAUUUUCAUUUUAUUUUUGUUUUAUUUUUUUAUAGCAUGUAGCCAGUAAAUCUAUUUUUUGGCAAAGGUGAAAAAAUGCUUUAAUAGUAUAAUACCAGAAGGCCCUUACAUUUUGCUCUUGGGACUAAUGGGCUUGCAGUGUUGCAAAAAAAAGGGUAAUAUAUAAUCAUUUUUUUAACAAGUAACAACAUUCAGUCAAACAUAAAAAAAAACCAAUUUAUUUGUAAAAACAUUGUUUUUGCACUAAAGUCUAGCGCAAUAAUAUAUUUACCAUAUAUACUCGAGUAUAAGCCGUCCCGAGUAUAAGCCGAGGUACCUAAUUUUACCUCCAAAAACUGGGAAAGCUUAUUGACUCGAGUAUAAGCCUAGGGUGAGAAAUGCAGCAGCUUCUGGUAAGUUUCAAUCAAAAAAUUGAGGGUUUCUGCUCCCAUAGGAGGUGCCGGCGUCUCGUUUUUGGAUGCUGGCGACCAUUCUUGGAGACUAUUCUUGGGCGCCGGUGACUGUUCUUGGGCGCCGGCGACUAUUCUUACACGCCGGCGACCGUUUUUCGCUUGACUCGAUUAUAAGCCGAGGUAGAGUUUUACAGCAUAUAUUGGAGGCUGAAAAACUCGGCUUAUACUCGAGUAUAUACGGUAUAUUUAGUCAGGGUAUUUGCAUAGAAUGUAUAGUAAGUUUUUUUUGCACUGUGUAUUGUUGACACCACUUUGAUGGUAAUUUAUUUAUCUAUUAUAUGUAACAACAGAACAAUCUGCAUUAUUCUCUGCCACUGAGAUAAAGUCUGUAACCACUUAGAAUGUAAGAAUGUGCUUUUGAGUCAACGUUCAUCCACGUCUCAUCUCAUGAACUUUAUUUAACGUAUUUGGACUAUAAUUAGCUAAACCGGAUGAUUCCAGGUAAUGAAUGUGAUUUUCAUGCUUUUUACAUUUUUUGUAACAAGUAUUAAGACCAUGCUGCCAUUUUUUUUUGUCAUUUCUUAAGAACUCGGACAGUGGUUCCAAAAAAAAAACCAAUAUCUAUUCUGAGAAUAAAAACGUUGCAACUCAA